UAUUAGUUUAAAAGCUUAUUAAUACGUUAAAAAGUCAACGAUCUAACAGUGGCAAUCCGGUUUGACUUGUUGUACUGACAAUAAGGCUAAGAUAUUGCAUUACUUUUGACCGCAAAGCGUAGUACUAAACGCCAUUCGCUGCAGUUUGGGUGUGCUUUGACUUUCUAGUCUCCCAGUGUUUUUUUCGAUUUCUUAUCAGGAAUGUACAAUCCGAAGAGCAAAGACCUUGACCGGGAGUAUCUUCCCAGCUAUCAUACCACCAGGUUUCAGGAUCGACCGGAACCGAAUAUAGCCGUGCAGGAGCACUUUAUACGGCUAACCCAGCAGCAUGAAAGGGACUUGACCGAGCAGCAGGGCAUCAGUGUGGACCACUUGCGCUACGGAGGAGGUCGUCGGUUGGUGGAUGUGUUCUACAACGAACGUACUCCCGAACACGCGCCACUCUUCGUGUUCGUUCAUGGGGGCUACUGGCAGAUGCUGGACAAGAGCACCUCCUGCUCCUUGGUGGGUCCGCUGGUGCGUCGUGGAUAUCGCGUAGCCGUCAUGGACUACAACCUGUGCCCCGACGUCACCCUCGAGAAGCUGAUGAAGGAGUUCUCCGGGUUCAUCAGCUGGAUCUUCGACUACGCCGAACUGACCAAUGUGCUCGAGGUCACCUUCGCCGGACACUCGGCCGGUGCCCAUUUGCUCGCCCAGAUCCUGCACUCCCAGGAGGCGAUGAGCCCCCAGAGGAGCAAAAAGGUGUGGGCCUUGGUCUUCAUGUGCGGCAUCUACGAUCUGAGGGAGCUGUACAAUCUGGAAUCGGUUAAUCCCAAAAACAUUCUGAGCCUCAAUCAGCAGAGUGCGGGGACCUUGUCGCCCAUGCUGUGGGAAUACACGGACGUAGCCAUUUGGAGCUCCACCAAGAUGUACGUGGUGGCCGCGGAGCAUGACAGUACCACCUUCAUCGAGCAAAGUCGCCGUUUUGCCGAGCUGCUUAAAAAGAAUGGAUUCCGGGCCAGCUUUAAGGUCUUCUCGAAAUACGACCACUUCGACAUUAUCGAGGAGACGGCCAAUGACGAGUCGGAGGUGUCCAAGUUCCUGCGCAACAUCCGGAUGGACUAAACUGGGCGGAGCCCCAUUUUAGUUCUUGAUUCUCACCGUUCUGUUUAUUUAGUACAACUAACUUAGCCUAGUAGUAUUCCAUAUGUACACUAGCGUAUUGUUGUGGCUUGUACUCGGGGUACGGACAUUUUAAUAAAUUAGCGUGGCGACAUUA